AUGGCCGCGCCGGUGACGCGGCAGGUCAGCAGCUGCGCAGGCCGGGUCCCGAGCCCGACCGGCUCCGACACAGAGCUCGGGCAGCCGCUAGCGGCCGCCGUAGCGGAGCUGCCGGUGCUGGACGCGUCUGGGAGACGGGUGACGUUCGGAGCGCUGUUCCGAGAGCGGCGAGCCGUGGUGGUGUUCGUGAGGCAUUUCUUGUGUUACGUCUGUAAAGAAUAUGUCGAAGAUCUGGCCAAAAUCCCCAAGAGCUUCCUCCGAGAAGCAGAUGUCACCCUCAUAGUGAUUGGACAGUCAUCAUACCAUCAUAUUGAGCCUUUCUGCAAGCUGACUGGAUAUUCUCAUGAAAUCUAUGUUGAUCCUGAGAGAGAAAUUUACAAGAGAUUGGGAAUGAAAAGAGGUGAAGAAAUUUCCUCCUCCGGACAGAGCCCCCACAUAAAGUCCAACCUGCUCUCGGGAAGCCUUCAGAGCCUGUGGCGGGCAGUCACUGGCCCACUUUUUGAUUUCCAAGGAGACCCAGCUCAGCAAGGAGGAACCCUCAUUUUAGGUCCAGGUAACAACAUCCACUUUGUGCACCGAGACAGGAAUAGGUUGGAUCACAAACCCAUAAACUCUGUUUUACAGCUUGUGGGGGUUCCGCCUGUGAACUUCAUGAGCAGACCUACAGUCAUCCACGUGUGACUUAAUAUGGGAUCUUCCACUUGUGAAUGGGCCCUUGAAACGUGAACCAAAAUGCCAGGCACCAUGGCUUCAUGGGGUCAUGAAACACAGAGCUAUGUGUCUAUAGAAGUACAUGCCGAGGGGCAUCAGCUGUCAGAAAUGGGAUAGAUAUUUUAAAUCUUAUAGCUUCUAUAAUUUUAUACAAAAUAUAUAAAAGUCAAACAUUAUAAAACUAUUACUACCAUUGUUAAUAUUUUAUGAAUAUCCAUUCAAUAAAAAAGAUUUUUGGCCGGG